AUGACAUACGACAGUUCUGAUGCAGUAAUGUCAUCACUGGAUCCACCUGAAGGUGUUGUAAAACUGUCACGGUCUCCUCGUAGGACUGCGUUUUCAGAAGUGGAAUUUUUACGAUAUUCGGUUCUGACACCUGAUUCCAAUCAGCAUAUGUCAGAGACUGCAGCAAAGGAUGACGGGUUCACCUUGCUUAAAGAACGGAAACGCCACAGGAACAGCUCGGAGGCAAUGGACAUGGAUGAGUCAGGUAUAAACAAGAUAAGGAUGAAGCCUGACAUUCUCACCUUUUAUCGUACGCCGGGAGCGUUUAAAUUUUGUCGUCGUGUGAGCAGUGGUCCAUUUAUUGAUUUCUUUCAUGCUAGCAACCGAGGAUCACCCCUUCCGGACAAUGUUGUCAUAGAAAUACUUUCAUAUCUAAAUAAAAGAGACCUUUGCAACGCUAUGGCAACAUGCAAACUCUUGUACUCCGCAGGGUAG